UAACUUAUGAGCCAUCAAAUCUCUCUUGUUGAAUAGACAAACAGACCCCAACUCCUCACCCAACCGACUUUUUCCACCCCCAAUUCUCCAUCAAGGGUUCUUCAACAACAUAAUCUCCAACCAAGAUUCACUCUUUGCUACAUAUACUGUAACAAAUGAGGUUCAUCAAGCGCUUGGCUGGAAUCCUAGGAUUCGGAAAUCCCGAAGUCAACAAAGAUUCUCAAGAUGAUGAUGAUGAUGGUGAAACUGAUGUUAACAAUAAUCCAAACUCAGCAGAACACAUACAUAAUUAUAUCAAUACUAAUACUAGUAAUCUUCCUAGAAAAGGAUUCAGUGUUUCUGUUCAAGUUCCUGUUGAUAGAGCCCAUCAAAUCGGGCCCAUUUUAGUCCCUUGCCCUGCUGGCGAUGGUGGUGUUCAGGGUCUAAAAUGGUAUACACAACGUCUGAAGAUAGACGAAGAUGGAGAUGUUGCAGAUGAGUUCCUAGAAGAGGUGUUUUCUGAAACAGUAUCAGAUACAGAUACACAAGAACUACACCAAAGCACAUCGUCCAAAUUACAAGUCAAGUUAAGCGCUAAACCUGCAAAAGCAAGGAACCCGUGUUUGUCAAAAGAAGGAACGGUGCAGCACUACGUCAAAUACCAAGGACGGAUGCAACUUACUGGAUGAAGCCAUGAAGGUAAUGAUUAACGGGUUUGUUUUGACAUAGAAUUGUACAUCAUUUGAUUAUUGGAACACAUGUGAACUUGAUUUAGUUGCAACUUCACCCAAUCUUGAUGUCAAGUUUUCUGUAAUUAUUGGAAUGUAUACUCGGUUCUAAAUUUUAAGACCUUUAUGAACUUCUUCUUACUGCUUACCACAAA